UUUGUGAAUUAUUUGUUUAAUGUGAAUUAGGGUUCUUGGGGAAGAUAAACCCCAAACCUUGAAAUGGGUAUGAGCAGUGGAGGAUUGCGAGUGUGCCGAGCUAUGGCGGCAUUCUCUUCGAUUUCUUGCUCGUAUUCGCUCGACGUCAUCGCGAGGCCACCGUCAUUCUCGAAUUUAAGCAGGUGCCACUUCUAUCCUCUCCUCCUCUCUUCUCCCUCCAGAAGAUCCAUCUCCGGGAUCGCCACAGCGCGCUGCCAGUCGGAAUCAUCCAUGAUCAAGGAGAUGCUGGCAGAGCAGGAGGAGAGCAGCGAUUCGGAGCUGGACACGCGGUCGAUUCACGACAUCGAGGAGGAGCAGGAGGAGGAGGAUCAGUACGAGGAGAAUGACUACUGGGACGAUGUGGAUUACCCGGCGGCGACGCAUCUCGCCAGUAACAUCGCCAGGCUCAAGCGCACACAGGUCUCGCUGGUUGUCCCCGAGGUGAGGAAGUGGAUCAAGGAGGGAAACCUGGCCACCAAGCACACCUUCUUGUUCGUCAUUCGCAAGCUCAAGAAGCGCAAUCGCCACGUCCAUGCCGUCAAGAUCGCGAACUGGAUGGCAGCGAAGAAGCCAGUUCCUCACGAGAUCAAGGACGACAUUCGCAGAGUGGAGCUCCAUGGCCGUUGCGGCUGGUACCAAAUGGCCGAGAGGAUCUUCCAAAAGCUCCCGGACGAGCACAAGAAGGAGGAGGCUUACAACGCGCUGCUGCUGGCAUACACCAAGUCCAAGAUGCUGCGCAAGGCCGAGGUCGUCUACGAAAAGCUCCGGGAUGAGAAGAUGAUCACCACCCCUUACACCUUCAACUUGAUGGCCACGCUCUACCGCCGGAGAGGUCUCGAGGAGAAGGUGCUCAAUCUUGCGGACGAAGCUCGGGAGCUCGGGAUUCAGCUGGAUAUGUGCUCCGAGAACAUCCUUCUGUCCGCCAAGUACAAGGUCGAAGGCAUCGAGUCCGCGGAGCAAGCCUUCCAAGGCAUCAAGUCGAGCCGGCACGAGAAAGCCCACAUCUCCACCUACGUGACCAUGGCGAGCUGCUACGCCAGCGACGAGCUCUUCGACAAAGCUCUCGCUGUCCUCCAGACCAUCGAGCACGGUAUGGAGAUCGGCCAGUUUCCAAAGCUCCGGACCGCCUACAACACGCUCAUCACCAUGUACGCCACCGUCAAGAACCCGGCCGGCGUCCAGCGAGCCUGGAAGGAGCUGCUCAAGCUCGGGGACCCGAUCAGCCAGGACUUCAUCUGCGUCAUCAAGUCGUGGGGGAAGCUCGGUGAAGUCGAGAGGGCCGAGAGGCUGUUCAAGGACGCCGAGAGCCUGGGAAAACUUGGCAGCUCCCCGAUGUUCAGUGCCAUGUUGUACGUCUACUCCAUCCUCGGGCUAACUGCUCGGGCCGAAGAGCUGGUGCGCAGGAUGAAGGAGGAGCUCGGCGUCCAGAUGGAUCCCUGGUGCUACUUCCACCUCGUCGACAUGUACCUCAAAGCUGGCAAUACCGAGGAAGCGAUCACUUGGUUGAGGGAGUCCCAGGUGACUGGUACCAGGAACCCGAGGUCGAGGCCGCUGCCUGCUUCUCUAACGCUUGUUCUCGGAGCUCUGGCUGCGAUCCCGGACGUGGAGAGGGCCGAGCAGAUCCUCGAGGACUGGAAGCUGGCGGGUUACUGGGUGAACAGUGCGGUGUAUAACAAGCUGCUGCUGGCUUACGUGAAUGCCAAGAGACCGGCGUAUGGAUUCGUUGAGAGGAUGCUCCAGGACGGUGCACGGCCGAACGCGAAGACUGAUAUCCUCUUCAGUGAGCUCCGGAAGAUGAAGUCCGGGGACAAGUCUGAGGCCCAAGCAACUGAGGCUCUCUGAAUUCCCUGGAACCUGUUAUUUUACAUGGAAAGAGUAGUAGUGAAAAACACUAGACACGCAAACCUGUGCCGGGUUUAGUUCUUGUGAUGCAUUCUGCCGCUCUCCGAGCCGGCAAAUGGAUCGAUUCUAACGUUGAUCA